UGAGCAAAUCCCACCUCCUCUUCCUGAAGGCAGUGCCCUCCUCCCUCUCCUCCCCCUCCUCCCUCUCCUGCCUGUCCUCCCUCCGGGCUCGACUCCGAGCUCUGCGGCGUUGCGGCUGUGACGGCUCCCGGCGCCUCCCACGGGUGAGCUGCAGCCCGUACGUCAAUCGGUGGGGACCAGACCUCCUCCUCAGUGGAGCAGGCAUGGAUGGGAAGAAAUGCAGUGUGUGGAUGUUUUUACCCCUUGUUUUCACCCUGUUUACUUCAGCUGGACUAUGGAUAGUAUACUUCAUAGCUGUGGAAGAUAACAAAAUUUUCUCUUUAAAUGCACCUGAAAGGAAACCUGGUCAGAAACACGCACCCUAUAUAAGUAUUGCAGGCGAUGAACCUCCAGCAAGUUGUGUGUUCAGUCAAGUGAUGAACAUGGCAGCAUUUCUUGCCCUUGUGGUAGCAAUUCUUCGCUUCAUACAGUUGAAACCCAAAGUUUUAAACCCGUGGCUAAAUGUGAGUGGCUUGGUGGCCCUGUGCCUGGCUUCCUUUGGAAUGACAUUACUCGGUAAUUUUCAGCUCACCAACGAUGAAGAAAUCCAUAAUGUAGGCACCUCCCUAACUUUCGGAUUUGGCACACUGGUUUGUUGGAUUCAGGCUGCUCUGACACUCAAAGUCAACAUCAAGAAUGAAGGUCGGAAGAUUGGAAUUCCCAGAGUGAUUCUAGCAGCAUCUAUAACUCUCUGUGUGGUCCUCUAUUUUAUUCUCAUGGCCCAAGAAAUCCACAUGCACGCGGCCCGGAUUCAGUGGGGCCUCGUGAUGUGCUUUCUCUGUUACUUUGGUACCUUCGCCGUGGAAUUCCGGCAUUACCGUUACGAGAUUGUCUGCUCCGAGUACCAGGAGAAUUUCCUGAGUUUCUCUGAAAGCCUAUCAGAAGCAUCUGAGUAUCAAACUGACCAGGUGUAAUUUGACUUACUUUGACCUCGUUGGUGACAGUGGGGGACAGGGUUAACGACUGACAUGGGCAAAGAAUGUCACGUUUGACUUCAUGACACUUACCCAACACACACACACCCAUACACACACACACACACACACACACACACACACACAACACACACCCAUCUGUUCACAGUCACUAUCACUAAAGGGUCCUCUUUUCAGGGUGGAUUUUUUCUUUAAAGGGGAAAAUAAAAGCACAAGCCCCUAUAUGAAGACAUGGAUGGAAGCUCUUGCAUCUUUAAUACACAUAACAGACCAAGAAGUUUGUGCAAGACCAUGUAUCUUUCCCCCCUUGCCUGUCCCCUUUUCCCAGCCCUCCCCACUACUCUCUCCUCCUCACCUAUCAUGACUUCACCAUUCACACCCUUUACUGUUAAGAAGGGUCACUCAAAAGGGGAAUGGCAAAGCCUCCAACUCCCUAAGUCUUGCUUCAGAUCUAAGGAGGAUUGGAACAAGCCACUCAAAAUCUUCAGUUCAGACCCAGAUGAUCUUCAUAAUGGAUGACCAAGUAACACUUGUCUGGAUGGAAAUGAUCCAAAGAAGAGUGCCCAGGCAUAGUGGGGUUGAGGGAGGUGGGGAGGGAAUUCCCCAAGUACUGAGCCCGUAUCUCAUCCAGCACUCAUUUCAUUGUGACAAAGAGGGGGCCUUGUGUGUUCCAACGGAAAAUUGUGUUACAUAAUUUUAGUGAGAAAAUCUACUAGGAUGGAUUACAGAACCACCACUCAUAUGAAAUGAGAUGAAGAUGUGGUUUCGUUUUUAAAUGUGCUUCCUAUAGUCUGUCCUGGAUGAUAGCUUUGGUUUGCUUCUCUGCGUCCCUAAAAUUGCCUCUUUGUAUUACUCUGGAUCUCAUGGACAGAAAAGGAUCUUAAUAUACAGAUGUCUGCCUUGUACUGGAUCCAACCAUAAUGAGGUCAGAUUAUCAUCCCCUGAAGGCUUAAUUUAUUGGGUGGGGUUUUUUUUUUCCAUUAGAGGAAGCUAAGAUGACAUAUAGGAAAAGAUGAGAGAGAAGGACCCAAAAGAGUUGGAGGUUGUCUCAGACAAGCAAAGGCAAACAUUAGGUUAUCUUAGUGCAAGACUGAAAGCCAGUGAGUUCCACUCUUUGGAAGAGGCCCACAAAAUGCUGAGACUGUUUCUUAGUAUUCUUGGUGCCCCAGCAUACCAUGGACUCAUGGUUCCUGGAGUGACCAGGGAUGGAGGCAGCCACAACUCCAACAUAUCCCCCAUCUAUGCUUGUGCUUUGUCCUGGAGAACCCCCAGUCAGCCCCUAGGAGCUGUGGGAUUUCACAGAAUUACACUUUCAAAAACCAUUAUUUUGGAUCCAGUGAAGGAAACGUCAGCAAAAAUCAUUAAAAAAGAAAACAAAAACCAAUGAAUGAGACUUUUUAAGUAUGGUGGAAUGACUGUCACCCAUAUGAGGUGCAGGAAUAAAGGUAAUUGUGAAUGGGGUAAAAAAAAUUAAUCUAGAGCAAAGUGAACUUGGCUAGAAGUCAGCAAGCAUAAACAGGGAAAAGUUCAAGCAAAGAAUAAUCUUUUUAUUAAAAGGGCAUCUAUUUGUAAAUAGUCCAAGCCAAGGUAACACUUAUUCUUUUUAAAAAGAAAAAAAAAACCUGUUUUUGUUUUUAUCAUUUUUAUAUUGUGAAAAUUUUAUCAAAGAAAAACAUGAAGGUUUGUGAUGAUUUCUUUUACUUUCCACAAGUAAAAAUCAAGCUGCUGACUUUGGAUGGUGGGAUGUUGUUCUAUACUUGUGGGAGUCUGUCUAAUGGUGCCCUCUGGCAAAGCUAAGCAAUUACCAAUAUCACACACAGGGUCAGGACCACUAAAUAAAGUGCUUUUAUGACGAAAUAUGCAUUGUUUUUCCCUUCCUCGUGACUCACACCUCCUUUGGAAAGGGAGUGAGAUUUGGAUGGAUGCUCCCUAACAAAACAAACUUCAGCGAUGCAAAACUAAUGCAAAGACCAGGCUUGCCCCAGAUUAAGGGAGGUGGACAACCUUGGUCCAGAAGAUGGAGUCCGCCAGGUAUGAGUGAAAGGCCACAGCACUGAAGACCCUUGAAGGUGAAGGGAGUUGGGCACUGCUUUGGUUAGGAAAGAAACGACUAUUAAGAAACUAUGAAAAUAUAACGGGAUCUGGGGCAGCUAAGGGGUGCAGUGGAUAGAAGGCAGAACUUGGGAGUCAGAAAGACCCGAGUUCAAACUUGGCCUCACAGAUCUAGCUGUGUGACCCAGUCUGUCUGCCUCAGUUUCCCUGUCAGAGGGGCCUGAAGGCAACAGCCUUCUGAUCUCUGAUCACUCAGGGGGUUGGGAAACCUGCCACAAUUUUGAACAUAGAAAUUCUAGGGGAGAUGGAAAGCCUGAUCAUCCCCUCUAAGAGUGUGGGAGAAACAGGAGCCCUGUCAUGGUCUCAAUUCAGAAACUAAGAUUGGAGAUAUGAAAAACAGAUAACAAAUACCAUAGGUGACUUGGGUCAACCAAAAGGCAAAGCCUUUUUCAUAACUCACCACAGACAUUUACUAGCUGUGUGA